UUGAUAUUUUUAGUUGGCAAUCAUUUCUAGCUGAAGAAGAGAAAAAAAUAGAGAAAGUAAGAACAGCUUUUCUUUAAUAUCUUACCUUGUGUAUUAAAUUAGACUCACCUUUUUUCAACCCUAAUUGUCAGAGAUUCCUCCUUACUCUAUCAAAUCAUUAAUGUAGACAGUCAUCAAACUAGAAAUACUUACCUCAUUUUACAAUUAACUUUUCACUUGGAAACAUCUCGAUACACCUAUACGUGCUGCAAGUUGAUUUCAUUGUUACUUAUCCAAAAUGUUUAAGAAAGUGUUUGUUGCAGCAAUUGUUAUUGCUUUCUGUCUUACCUUGAUUAGUUGUGCUAAUGACAAGAAGAAGAACAAAUUCAGAGGAAGAAGACCCAAAGCUAAUUGUCACAUGAAAGAGUUACAAGAUUGUAUUGAAAAGGUUGAUCGAUAUACAAAUGAUUCACAAUCGUACAAAUUGAUUACAUCUUCAAGAGGAAUUGAUGAGAUUUGCUCAAAUUCAUUGGAAGGUGUAAACUGCUUCAAAGAUCAUAUGGAAAAAUGUGGAACUCCAAUUCAAAAGGAAAUGUUUGAAUUUGUUCUCGAUCAAUUCUCGAAAUCUAUUGAUAGAUUUUGUAAACCUGGUGAAUUAAGAACAGAAUUCCUUCGUCAUUCUCCAUGUAUUGCUGAAAAUGUUUUAGGUAAAGAUGAGUACAAGACUAAAUGUAAUCAACCCUACCAGGCCUCUAUUGACAAGGUUAACAAACAUGAAGACUUCGAUGAUCGACUUGAUUUAACUUGCUGUUCAUACAAUCGGUGGCAAAACUGUUUACUCGAGAUGACUGCUGAAAAAUGUCAAGGAGCUGGUAGAGAAGCAAUGAAUAAUUUCAUGGAGAAAGCAUUUACUGGAUUAAGUGACAUGGUCUGUAAACAAGAUGACUUCUUAUUUUCAAGUGACCGAUGUAAAGCAUUAUAUCCUGCUGCUGGAACUCUCGUGGACCCUAAAAAGUCAACCAAUCCAAUCACCAAACAUUUGACCUCUUAUUUCCGAUUCUUGGUGACAAGUUAAGUUACCAAUAAUCGAAUAAAUUGUAAAAGGUUAACAAUGAAUGUAAAUUUGAUGAAUUGGGUUGAGUGACUUGCAACUGAGGAAUACCCAAAUGUUAACCUUAAGAUCAACAACAAAAAACAAAAACAUUUCCCAAGGAACUGAACAAAGAUCGGCUGCCUCAAAUUAUAACCAUAUUUUGUGAUCAUCUUUUUUGUAUUUUAUAUUAUUAUGUCUUUCAUUAUUAAUUAAAAUCUUGCAUUUCAUUUA